AUGAACCAAGCCUCAAUUUGUUUUAGACAAGAAGUAGUUCAUACGGAUCAAAUAAAGAAUUUUGUAUUAUCAAAACAUCAUAUGUUGGAAGAGUCCUGUGUAUCUUCAUCUAAUAAUAAUGUAAACCCAAGUUUUCUGCAAAGGUGGAGAAAAGAUAAUCUAAUUAUAGCGGAUCAUGUACUGUUUAUAAAGAAUGAGCCGAGAUUAAUAUUUUCAUUUUAUACAAAAGCUUUCUGGUUCAUGAUCUCUCAGAUAAACAGAGAGAAACGAUGCCAAUGCACGCUUUGUGUCAAUUUCCUACAGAUUUUCUAUACAUAUUCUCAGCAAUGCAUGUUUGAUUAUACUUAUUUUAACAGUGACUAUAUAUCCAAAGUAAUUCAGAAACUAUUUUCUCACAAGUUUAAACAGAAACAUAAAAAUUCAACUCUCUGCAUUCUUAAUGUUUUUAAUAUUAAUACAAAAGAUUUUCAUAUGCAAAAACUUGCUUCUCAUAUUUUUUCAGAACAUAAAAACAUCUUUGGAAUAAUGAUUUCUAAAAAACACCACAUAAGUUGUCUUUUCCAUCAUGAUUGUAUGAUAUCUAGUGAAUCUCUUAUUAGAGAAUGUAAAAAAUCACAUAGGGCAAUAAAAAUGAAAGAAAACAGUAAGACUUUAUCAAAAACUAAAAAUAUUAAAAAGAUAAUCGAAUUAUUUUCUGAUUUUUUAUCAAUGUUAUAUAAUGUUGUUAAGGAAAAGAGUAUUUUGAACAUUUUUGAUUUCGAAAAUACUAGUUUAACAUUUAUUAAAAAUUCAACUGGUUUUUAUUCAAAUUACAAUAUAUUAAAUAUUACAAAGCACGACGAAACAGUUUACUAUUUUUUUCAUAUUCCUAGUGAAUCACUUUUUUCUUAUACAUCUACAUCCACAUUUUCUGAUUUAAUGAAUAAUUAUUUAUUUAAAUUUUUGGACCACUCUUAUAUUAAUUUUCUAUCCUUUCUUUUGGCAUUUAAUAAUCAAAAAUCCCUUUUACUACUUUUUGAAAAUCUAUCUAUAGAAUCUUACAUCUUAAUGCUAUUAUUUAGGAUAUUUACUUCAUCUAAUCUUUUUCAAAAAAAUCUUAAAUGUCAAAUGAAUAAAGUCAUAACUAUUCCAGAAAUUUACUCUCAAUUUAUUUAUAAUUUCGUUAAAAAAAAUUCAAAGAUUUACUUAAAAAAUCAACAGUUAUCUGGAGUUCAAACAAAUUCGCGAAAUAAUGAGAUUACUACUAUAAUAGAGAAGGAAAAAAAAGGUUUACUAUUUUGUAAUCUUUUAGAAAACAAUCCAUAUGAGCUAUUCUAUACAUUAUGGUCCUUAUUUAAAGAUAACUCUUUUAAUAUAGAGAAGAUAUCAGAUAUGUUAUACCAACCUUCUUUAACAAUAAAAAAAAUAUCUAUUAAGAAUAAUAUGGAAAAAAUUAACGAUAUAGGAAAAACUAGAAAGAGAAUUGAUGAUUUUAUGAUUCUUGGCAAUUUAGGAACUGGUGCCUAUGGUGAAGUUAAAUUAGCAAAGAAUAAGCAAAAAAAAACAAACAAAGUUAUAGCAAUUAAAUAUAUAGCAAAAGCAUGUAUACUUGUAGAUACAUGGGUUCAGGAAGGAAACCUAGGGACCAUUCCACUGGAAAUACAUAUUCUCAAUUAUUUAAAGAACAGUCCUCAUAAAAAUAUUAUAAGAAUGAUUGACUAUUUUCAGGAUGAAAAGAAUUACUAUAUUUUAAUGAAUUAUGAUGAUUCUGGAAUAGACUUAUUUGAUUAUAUCGAACUACAUAAAGAUAUGACUGAACGUGAAUGUAUAAGUAUCAUUUUUCAGCUUUGCCAAGCAGUAGCUCAUCUUCACUCUCUCGAUAUUGUUCAUGGCGACAUUAAAGAUGAAAACGUUGUACUAAAUAAAAAUGGUUGUGUUAAACUUAUCGACUUUGGUAGUGCAAAUUAUGUUAAAAAAGGGCCAUUUAGUACUUUUCAUGGAACAUUAGAAUUCGCUGCUCCUGAAAUAUUAAGAGGAGAAAAAUAUCAAGGAAAACCACAAGAUAUUUGGGCCUUAGGGAUUCUUUUGUUUACUAUCAUUUAUAAAGAAAACCCUUUUUGCAACAUUUAUGAAAUCAUAGAAAAAAAUUUACAAAUACCUUUUAUUCUUUCAGAAGCGAGUAUUGAUUUAAUUAAAAAAAUGUUAACAAGAAACUUAAAUAAAAGAAUAAUGAUAAAUGACGUAUUACAACAUUGUUGGUUUGAUAAUAUAGGAGAACCAAUUCAAAUUCCCUUAACACUAAAUAAGAUUCUUUAA